CUUGACCUUUUCAAAUUGCUUCCCUCGACACGCGACACCAAAUUGUAGCCUCCAAUCGCGUCGUCGCCUUCCCGCGAUAUUGAAUUUCAUUUUUCAACAAGUUGAUCAGUCCCUCUCUUUAGACAAAAAUGUUCACCGCCGUCGGUAGGGCCGCUGCCCGCCGCAUCCAAGCACCAUCUGCCCACCCCGCCGCCGUCGCCCAAUUGCUCCUCCGCCAGGCCCCGGCAACCUCUGCGCUUCCCAUCCGGACCUUCUCCGCCUCUGCUCCCGCGCACCUGCCCGCCGCGAGCGACAAGAAGUCCAAGGCUACGGCCAAGAAGCCUGCGGCCAAGAAGCCCGCAGCCAAGACGACUGUUGAGAAACCCAAGGCCAAGCCCGUAAAGAAGAACCCUAUUGGGAGACCCAAGGGACCCGUCGACCCCGAGGAGGAGAAGAAGGCCGAGAUCCGUCAGCUCAAGAAAUGGGCUCUCAGGGACACACCCACCCAGCGGCCUAUCUCCAAAUGGUCCCAGUUCGUCAACGACAACAAGGAAGUGCUGAAGGGCGGCCUUGCUUCUGGAAUGCCUGGUCUCGCCACCAAGUUCCAAAGCCUCUCUGCUGCCGAGCUCGACAACCUUGAGACCAUUGCUAUAGCCAACCGUGAGAAGAACGCCGCCGACCUCAAGGCUUGGAUCAAGACCCACGAGCCGGCGCGUAUUCACAUCGCCAACCAGGCCCGUCGCCGUCUCAUCAAGCUCACGGACAAGCAUUACAAACUCCUUGAGGACGACCGCCUGCCCAAGAAGCCCCUGGGCUCCUACACCCUCUUCACCACCGAGAACUGGCACCGUCUCGGGGGUAAAGACGCUAUCGAUAGUAGCAAGGACAUGAGCGACGCCUGGAAGGCCCUGAGCCCUUCCGAGAAAGCCGGCUACACGGAGCGGAGCGCCGAAGCUUCGGCCAAGUACGAAGCUGAGAUGGAGUCCAUCCUGGCGCGCGCCGAUGAAAUCAAGGCCGAGGCGGAUCCCAAGAGCAAGAAAUAGACGGGAUUGUCACUCAAUUGAAGAAAGAGAGUGUGUACAAUGUCUUUUAUUUUGACCGAGGCUGCUACAAUAGGUAACGGAAAUGCAGGGAGGGCUCUGGGUUCACCGGAUAAAGGGAGAGGGAUAUCUAUUUUGCUCGCGCGACUGUAUGGAAUUAAGUGUACGGUGCUGAUGCUGGCUGGUUUUUACGCAGGAAGGUUCUGACACGCACGGUGAUGCUCAUGAUAACAUAAAAACACAAUGUCAAUAGUGUGGUUCAUUCAUUC